AUGGGGUACAAUGACUCAAAUCUCGCUCCAGCAGAAUACCACAUCUUUGGAUUUAACGGGAUAUCAACAAAUCCAAAGGGCGAAAUCACGGUAACAAUACCUGUGAACUCACUGGAAACAAUAGUUACAUUCAGUGUUGUAGAAGUAGAUACCCCUUACAACGCGAUUAUUGGGCGACCUUGGAUACACGGAGUCAGAGGGAUCACAUCCACCUUUCAUCAAUGCAUUCGUUUUCCUGUCCCGAAUAGCAUAGGAGAAAUCAAGGGGGACGUCACAAUGGCAAAGAAGUGUCAAGACCUUAAUGUGCGACAUCGGUAA